UGCGUUUUUGCGCCGGAGAGAAUACGGAAUUAUGACUGACGAAUUGUCUGUGGGUCUGUUGCUCAUGAUGUCCGUUUUAUAUGGUCUUUUUUUUUCAUUUCAUUUUUAUCUCCUGCUAAAACGUCUUCUCGGUAUAGAGUCGCCGGGAAGCCGGUUUCUGUUUCGUGGCAGCCCUCGCCGGUGUGCUAUUUGCGACAAACGAUCGGCUUAGCCAACGGGACUAG